GUGGUGGCAAAUGGUAAAGUGUAUGUAUUCUUUCAUCCUCGUGCUCUUUGUACAUGCAUUCAAUAUUCUGACAGGCCAUCGCGCCCUCUGGGAAAGGGGUGUACAUCACUGCAACGUCAGUCUAAGCAAUAUCAUGGGAUACCACUUACAUGGUCAAUUCAUAGGCGUUCUCAAUGACUACGACCUUAUCGUCAUUUUACCUUCCUCCUACAUACCACCUACUAUGAAUUGCAUUGUAAUCCUUUCGUUUGACAUGUAGUACUCUUCUUCCAUUUCUUCGCGGUAUGAUUGGGCAGUC